AAAAGAAGAACUCUUACGCCCAACCCCUCUCAUGUCUUUCUUGGUUGGACCAACCCAACCGGCAAUUUCCGACAAGUCUUUCUUCAUUUUUCGAGCAAGAAGCGGAACUACAGGGAUGAAAUGAAAAGUGUUUCUUACGAUUACGCCCAACAGCCCACUUGAGCAAUUUGAAAUAAUCCCAUUGAUUCCUAUGAAGAUAGGAGACUUGUAUUUCUCAUUCACAAAUCCAUCUUUGUUUAUGCUUCUAACUCUCAGUUUGGUCCUACUUCUGUUUUAUUUUGUUACUAAAAAGGGAGGAGGAAAGUCAGUACCAAAUGCUUGGCAAUCCUUGGUAGAGCUUAUUUAUGAUUUCGUGCCGAACCCGGUAAACGAACAAAUAGGUGGUCUUUCCGGAAAUGUUAAACAAAAGUUUUUCCCUCGCAUCUCGGUCACUUUGACUUUUUCGUUAUUUCGUAAUCCCCAGGGUAUGAUACCUUAUAGCUUCACAGUUACAAGUCAUUUUCUCAUUACUUUGGGUCUCUCAUUUUCUCUUUUUAUUGGCAUUACUAUAGUGGGAUUUCAAAAAAAUGGGCUUCAUUUUUUAAGCUUCUCAUUACCCGCAGGAGUCCCGCUGCCGUUAGCACCCUUUUUAGUACUCCUUGAGCUAAUCCCUCAUUGUUUUCGCGCAUUAAGCUCAGGAAUACGUUUAUUUGCUAAUAUGAUGGCCGGUCAUAGUUCAGUAAAGAUUUUAAGUGGGUUCGCUUGGACUAUGCUAUGUAUGAAUGAUCUUUUCUAUUUCAUAGGGGAUCCUGGUCCUUUAUUUAUAGUUCUUGCAUUAACCGGUCUGGAAUUAGGUGUAGCUAUAUUACAAGCUCAUGUUUCUACGAUCUUAAUCUGUAUUUACUUGAAUGAUGCUACAAAUCUCCAUCAAAGUGGUUCUUUUUUUAUAAUUGAACAAAAGCGAGGAGCGGAAGCCAGUCGACGGAGAGGAGCGGAUAUGAAAACGAAGGCUAGAUUUUCUUUUGUCUCUUCCCCGACCAAUUCAUACCUUUUAGUGAGUAGUCGUCCAAUUCCGGCCGGUAUUUGCUCCCUUUCUCCGGUCUUACUAAUUUGUAAAGAUUUGAGAUUCCAGGGCAACAUCCUAUUAUUUUAAUAAGCUUCUUAAGUUAAUCGAGUAGCAGACUCUGAUUUCAGUGCACGUGUGGAAGACAACUCUGUUUAGCCAGCAAGCAUAGGAAAAAAAUCCCCCCGGGGAACUUACUAUUAAUGCUAAUCCAUUAGUUCUAGCUCGAAGUUUGCCCUUAGCUGUCUCGAAGUUAGCUGCUUGGCAUGAGUAGCUUGGGCAGUCUUAGUGAGUAGCUUGGCUUGCUCAUGC